UUGCUUCAGUACCUCUGUAAUGGAAUGUGUUAUGGAUCUGGAUAACUUAAAUGUUUCCAACAAAAAUAUACCACAUGUUAUUAAGACAGUUCUAACACUAGCUAACUGUGAAGCCAAUCGACUUCCAUCACGCGCAACCAUUGACAACAUCAUUAGUGCUAAAAAAAGCAGUAACAGAAAAACACUCGAGUACAGUUGCUCCAUAUAUGUCAGAUACAACUAUUUAUUCAGAUGAAACUGGCAAGUUUGGGAAGACGUAUAAUGUUUUUGCCAUUACAGAUGAAAAAAAGGAACCAUUGUUGUUAGGCUUAAGAGAGAUGUCUAACAAAUCAUCUAAAACAACACUUGACACAUUGAAAGAAAUUAUUUCUGACAUUUCUGAGGCACAGGGUACUGGUGGAGGCACUAAAAUUAUCAGCAAGAUUAAAAAUACGAUGUCGGACAGAGCUGCAACUGAAGUAGCCUUUAAUCGUCUGCUAGCCGACUAUCGGACUGAAAUUAUGCCUGAGAUUGUUACUAAUCGGGAUGCUAUGGGUGAAAACCAAGAGUCAAUCUCGAAACUUAACAAUUUUUUCUGUGGACUGCAUUUAUUAGUUCAUUUUGCAGAGGUUGCUGCUAAAGCCAUUAACAAAUUUGAAAUAGUUAACAGAAAAUCAUCUGCUGACGACAAUGAUAGCACAUCAUUAAGUAGUCUACCACUGGACUCGGGCACAGAUGACUCACAUGAGGCACAAACAAUUCAGUUCUUGAGGGUUUGUAGCAAAUGUUUCUCCCGUGGAGGAGAUGAAAAAAGUGGGUGUUAUUCCAAAUUCAAAUCGUACUGCGAUGCAAGGAAUCAGAAAGUCCGAUUCGUUAGGUUUAGAGGAAACCAGUUCAACAUCGUUUUUCUGGUGGGACAAAUUUUGUUCUUUCACAAAGAUAGAAUUUCAGAUUUUUUUCAAAAAUAUCAUGAGCCAUCAAACAGCUUGCAAAAGGCAGUAGGUAACGGAUUAAAAUAUCCUGUCAUUAUAGCAGCAUCACGAGUCCUUGGGCUGAUCUCAAAAUUGAUAAGCACUCCGUUGUGGAGAAUGUUAGAAAGUAAAAUCAGCAUUUUAGACAUGAAUGAACAUUACAGAACCCUGGUGAAAUACCUUGGAAACAUCGCUCAAGAUGCUUCUAAAUUUCUUGAUGGAUCCGUUUUCCCUUUCAAUGCUGAAGUCAUUAAACGAGAUGAUGUCUUUGAGUGUCUUACACAAUCAGAUGAUACCGAUGCAUUAGCGCUGCCUCUUGCUCAGUGCGUGUGUUUGGCAUUAAAAGAAAUGUUACAGUCCAUGGUGAAGGAUCAUUUACCAGGAGGAGAGCAUUGGGAUGUGACCAUGCAAAAACGACGUGAAAGUGAAUCAGUCAUUCCACACAAUAAGCUGCCUGAAUUUAUAUUUGGACAAUUGGAUUUUUUGCUAAGAUACAGACCAAAUGCAACAACAAUUGUCAAUGAAGCAUUUGUGAUGUAUUCACUAAAUACGACCAGUGAAUGGUUGAAGAAUUUAGAUCCAACAGAGAAAGAGGAACUCCUGGCUUCUUCCAGGAAAGAGGGAAGACUUGUAAGGACACGGUUCAGGCAGCAAUGCCAAGAAAUACAUCAAGAGAGAUUGAGGAGGAUGGAAGAGAAGAAAAGACAGAUAGAAGAAAGACGUAGACGGGAAUUGGCAAGAAAAAGUAAACUAAGUGACAGAAUAAUGUAUCAUGGUCUAUGGCAGACAAGGCUAGAGAUUGAAGAGAACUUUAAGUCAUUAUCAAACGUUUCCGCGCAACGCGAAGCUCUUAAAACUCAGCUAUUAUUUCGAAAAAAUGUUUUGAAACAAUAUGUCUCUGAUAAAAAGGUUUAUUGUUUAACGAAGAAAAAUUUGCAUGGAAAGUCCCAACCGCUGUCUGUAGAGGAACUGAAACAAAACUUGACCACCUUAGUUGACGCUGCACUUUUAAAUCUCACUGAAGAGGAUUCCGAUCCAUGUCGGCCACUUCUUGUUGGCAAGCAAGUAAGCCACAUCUUCAGUGAAGGAACAUACACAGGAAAGAUCAUCUCUGUUGUUCCUGGUUACUCCAAGUGGUACAACAUUGUUUAUGAUGGUGACACAGCUGUGUACACAUACACACUUCAAGACGACUAUCUACAAGGGAAUCUUACAGUAAUAAUUUGAGGUAUCUUAAUUGGUGGCUUUAUACUCACAACUAAGAAUCAAACCAAUCAAAUGACAUUUUGUCUAAAUCCACACGUGAUCAUUUUGUGAUUUGUUGGCAUUGUUUUAUUUGCACAAAUGAAUGAACAUGAUGAAAUAAUGUAAGUGCAUGACACUUGAUUAAUAAAUGAUUUGUGAAUUGUGUUUAAUGUACUUAAUUUUCAUUUCUCAUUAUUAGCAAAACUAACAAUUUAAUUCAUGUACAGCAUCACUAACAAAGCUUUUUUUAAAUAAUUAUUUGUUAAUUGCAUGUGUCAUUUUGUUUUCGGUGUGCUAUUGGUGAAAAACAGUAUAUUGAUUUCAUUUCCUUUUCGUGCUGGAGUGUCGUUGAACAUUUAUUCAUUGAUUUUAUUUCAAUUAUUCAUAUUCUUAUCCAGAUAAUUUUUCACUUAGUAUUGUAAAAAAAGAUGAAAACAAUUAAUAAAUAAAUAAUAAUAAGAAGAAAGAAAAAAUUAUGUCAAGUACUUUACACUGACUCUUACUUAAGCAAA